AAGGAGGGAAUCAGCCUUUUUCAUCCGAUUUUCUGUAGUUUUAAGUAAAAUUAAAGCCAAAAAUGGCUACAAACCAUCUCUUCAACUGUAGAUUUUGCUUGUGCGAGACUGUUGAACCUCGAAAUAUGGCUCUUGACACGGAUUUCCUUCAAAAAGCCCUUCAUAUUUUUGCUGAACUUGAACUUUCGAUUUCAAUGCAAAAUGGACUCUCCGUGUUCGUAUGCGAGUUUUGUUACAAAUUUUUAAACCAAUUUCACGAUUAUUACGAGACUGUAAAGGAAAAUCAAGAAUUCCUUAUAAACGAAGUUGCUCCGAAAACCAUAAAAAUCGCAGAAACAGACGAAAAUGAAGAGUUUAUUGAUGAAAUUGUGUCUUACGAGAGUUAUCCGCUGCUUGUUGAGACAGUCGAUGUCAUUCCUGAAGAAGAAACUUACAUUACCGAAAGUCUUGAGGACGCUACGAGACAAGAAGAGUUCAUAAUUGACACGGAAAUCAUUCAACGAUACAAAUCUGGGGAGAUUUUCGAUCCGGAAGUGAAUGAACAGUUAUCUCAAUUCUUCAUUUGUGAUAUUUGUGACAAAUAUUUCGUGUCGAAAGCUCAAAUAACGGGUCAUAUGUUCAAACAUUUGCCGUUUCCGCAACCAAAAACCAACACAGGAGAUCGUCCUUCGUAUCGAAGAGUCCCAAAACCGCACGAAUUAGUUAUUUCAUGUCCUGUAUGCCCGUCGACGGCGAUUAAAUUUAAGAAUAAUGACAUUUUACAACUUCAUCUCAUGGAACACGAUCGUUUUGAGCGUCUCAACCAAAGUCGUAUUGAACGAGGGCUUGAAGCACUUAUCGAAUGUCCUCAUUGUGAACGUCGUUUUUCGGUACAGGACGAAUUUUUGGCUCAUUUGAAGAAUCACGAAGCAAAUCGCUUCAUGACAUGCGAGUUGUGUGGGCGUUUAAUCGUUUCAAGUAGCUUAAAAACGCAUCUCAAGUUGCAUUUCAAACGUUAUUGUUGCGAAUUUUGCUCGCACAAGUUCCGAAAUCGAUGCGAUUUGGUCAAACACAUUCAAUUAAACCACGAGAGACCCCAAAGUUACGAAUGUCAACACUGUUUCAAGCAAAUUCGACAUAAAACUGCCAUGGAAAAGCACUUGAACUUCUGUAAGGGACCUAAAAGUGUGGGCCCAUGCAAACAUUGCGGCGAAACUUUUCAAUCCAAAAGCGAUCGAAUGUAUCACGUGCAAAAAUAUCAUCUCGGAUACGUUUGUAAGACAUGCGAUAUGCGUUUAGAAAGUGUCACAGCACUCAAAAAUCAUCGAAAAAGCGAGGAACACAGAAAAAUGAGUUACGAAGCGAAGAUUCGACGAGAAAAUUUGAAACAACUGCAAAUGACGACGAAAAAAACGCCUUUGAGGAAAGUAAUAAUCGCCGUGAACGACUAA